CUUAAUUUUCUAUCAGAGCGACCUUUACAAUCUCCAUGUGUGUGUAUAUAAAUAGCCUAAACCACUCAAUUUGUUGAGCGUGCCCACAAAAACUCAUAAAACACAGCUCGACUCCUUGUUCCAUCCGAUCGAAGCAACAAUUUAGUGAGCAACAAUGGCGAACCAACAAGAGCUCCAACUAGUUGAAACAAUAACCUCCCUCUAUAACUCAAUCUCAAAACUCCCUUCACUCUCUCCAUCCGAUGAAGCGAACCAACUCUUCACAAAGCUAGUCACCACUUGCAUCCCUCCUUCAUCCAUCAACGUCUCCACUCUCCCCAUUGAAGUCCAAGCUACGCGCUUAGAGCUCAUCAAGCUCUGUGGAGAGGCUGAAGGACUUUUAGAAUCCCAUCAUUCUAGGAUCAUAUCAAGCCAGGACCAACCACUCAACCAUUUGAAUCUCUUCCCUUACUUUUCCAAUUACGAACAACUCGCGAAGUUGGAGUUUAGCCUGCUCUCUCGUCACGUGACGAUUUCUCCUUCUCUGGUUGCGUUCGUCGGGUCGGGUCCGCUUCCGCUCUCCACCCUUGUGCUUGCGACCCGGUAUUUGACGGAUGCGGUUUUUCAUAAUUAUGACUUGGACCCGUCCGCGACCGCGAAGGCCAGGAAGUUGGUGGAGUCGGAUCCGGAUUUGGCUGAGCGGGUGGUGUUUCGGACUUCGGAUGUGAUGGAAGUGAAGCGGGCACUAAGCGGGUAUGACGUAGUAUUCUUAGCUGCGUUGGUAGGAAUGGACGUAGAGGACAAGAGAAGGGUGAUUGAGCAUUUGGCUCUCCACAUGAAGCCUAAUGCGCUCCUUGUGGUGCGCAGCGCGCACGGGGCUCGCGCAUUUUUGUACCCGGUGGUGGAGACGGAGGACCUGAACGGGUUUGACGUGCUCUCCGUGCAUCACCCGGAGGAUGAAGUGGUUAACUCUGUGAUUAUCGCGAAGAAGAAGGGCAUUGUCAUGGCUAGCAAGUAUUGUGAGCCUUUGGUGGGUCACUUUGAGCAUGGGAAUUUGGUGGAUGAGCUUGCAAUUGAGGGGCAAAACUCUUGAUUUUUUUUUUGUUAGUUUAUGUUUCUCUCCGAAUAAGUACUCUCGUGGAUUAAUAUGCGCGGUAUACUUCUAGGGUUUAUUUGAGUGAUGGUCAUGUUUCCUUUCGUGAGUUGGGUGUGAUUGUAUCUUAAUUUCCUCCCUAAAUUAUGAAGA